AUAAAUGAAAUAUAUAACACAAAGAAAUAACAGAAAAAAACAAAAAUCAAAUAAUUACGCGAACACAAAAAAAUACGCAUGCCAUGGGUACUAUUCGACCGGACUUUGGCUUACUCCAGUUUGAUAACUAUUCCGAUUAUAUCAAAUCGUUCAUUUCAAUAAAGGAUCAGCGUUAUAUAGAAAGCUCGAAGGCUAUUACCCAAUUUGUAAAGCUUGGCUAUCGAACUACUACUAAAAUCUAUGAAAGUGAUGAAUUCAAUUAUAUUAAAAACAAAACUUUGGAAUUGAUAAACCCGAGAAUUCAAUUGAGUUUGCAGUGCGGCCAAUAUAUAAAGGGGAAUGAUCCCGGUCUCAAAGCCUUGGCGGAACGCGAACUACCCAAUUUAUUGCAAAAACUUUCGACAAUUAUUUUUUUGGUGGUUCGCCAACCGAGCGGCUUUGAUAUAUCGGGUUAUAUUGACUAUACGGAUAGCUUGCACAACUAUAACCUACAUAUGCACGGUGCGACCAAUUGGAAAGGCGUCUUUGAGGGCAAGUGUAAAUUGCGUCCCAAGCCCACUGAUUUGAGCUACUACGACCUGCAUAAGAAACUCGUCAUCAGCAACAAUAGUGGAAAUUAUCAGACAAUGCAUUUCGGGCAGUCCAUGGUAUUUAUGCACAAGGGCGAUCACAAGAUAAUUUAUUUGGACUCGCAUCAUGGAACUGGUGCUGUUAGGCGCAGUAUGAUACAAGACUCGGCCCUGGGCACAAUGAUUUUAUACGAUCACGUUGUAAGAAAGCCGGUCUGAUUGCUCAUUCCGCAAUUGACAAAUUUGAAUAUAUUGAUCACCAGAAACUAAAAUAA